UUCCACAAUUAUGAAACAAAAACAUUUUGAAUCGUUUUUUGAUUUUGUAUUUUGUAUUAUAUUUCUUAUCACGAAUUGUGAAGUUAGUUUCUUUGGUUCAAGGAGUGAGCGUAGGAAUCAGCCUGCUAUAUUGAAGGGCGGUGUGAAAUUCCUAGUUGUUGUUCAGCUUGAUAAAACAUGUCUGCUGGAGCAAGCAACAUUGGAGGUUGUAAUGAGCAUGGUGAUGAAGACACUCUUUCUGUCAGCUUGCUCAACACCACCGCCAAUUCAUCUCGUAAGAAUUGGACUCGAUUGUACAAUUUGUUUUUAGUUGUUGGAAGUCGUAUUAAACCCGAAAGGGAAGAGGUUUCCAUUGAAGAAGAUGGAUCUGUUCCCAAAUCGUCUUCAAAUUCUGGCUCAGCUGAUUGCUGUACGAUUGAUAUGGUUCCAACCGAAAUAGAGGAGUUUUUCAUUGAAGAAGAUGGAUCUGUUCCCAAGUCGUCGUCAACCUCUGGCUCAGCUGACUGCAGUACGAAUGAUAUGUUUGCACCCAAAAUAGAGGUUUUCCCUAAAGAAGAUGGAUCUGUUCCCAGGUCAGCUGACGAUAUUAGAAUUAACAUUCCGGAAGGCGUCGAUGGUAAUGCAAAUAUUAUAUUUCUAAGAAAGGCUGCUCAAAUUGUGAGAGACAAAGAUUUGACCUCCCUGGAGGAAGAAGGUGGAGUAAGACAAGUUAAAUCACGCCUUCAAUCUAUCUUGGCACAAGAAAUUGAUCGCAGCUUUGAAGAGCAAGCAACGGCCGUGAUAGUUACAAGCACCACUUUUGACGCAAAGGUCUUUGUUGUUUCCUUCGUGGAAGCUUCCACAACUCCUACUAUUUUUCUUCUCUUGGUCUUCGCUGCCUUGUCCUUUACCAUUGAGAUGAUGGAGGCCGAACCCAAACAUGGGUGGCAUGAUGGGGUUGCCAUACUUGUUGCUGUCUUUAUGCUUCUCAUAUUUCGGUCAGUGGCUAAUUAUCGCCGAGCAAGACGGUUGCAGAAGAGGAACAAAUUCCAUGUUAGUGUUUUAAAAGAUGGACAACCCAAAACCAUCACCAUAUCUACCCUCGUGGUUGGUCACAUCUUAUGUCUGGAGAAGGGGGAUUUUGUCCCUGCUGAUGGUUUGUUUGUUAGUGGAAAUGGUUUGAAGUUGGAUGACAAAUUGAAUCCUAAUAUCAAUCGUGAUGACAACCCAUUUCUCUUAGCUGGUUCAAAGAUUAUGGAGGGGGAAGGUCACAUGCUUGUAACAUCUGUGGGUGACAAUACAGUUUUGGCUAUAGUUGAUCCCGAUGAGAAGUCAUUGAUGGAAGGUCAGAUUGAUAAGACCAAUGCUUAUAUGGAAUAUGUUGGACUCUCUAUAUCUCUAUUAGUAUCUGCUUUGGUGCUAAUUAACCUAGUAGUGAGGAAGAUGGACAAAAACAGUAAUACAAUGCCAGAAAUAAAGGGGGGUGUUUCAGCUUACAGGGUGAUAAAAAUCUUUGCAAGGGUUUUCUUGAAUCCUAGAGGAAAAGUUCAAAUAUUGACCGGUGUUCUUACUGUUAUGGUAACUUCAUUACAACAUGGAAUUCCGGUUGUGAUUACGAUUUCCCUUUCGUACUGGAAGAAGAAGAUGGCAUCAGGGAACGCAAAUGUACAAAAUUUAUCAUCUUGUGGCACGAUUGGCAUUGUUUCAGUUAUGUGUUUCGAUGAGAACACAGUGGUUGCAUGCAAAGAAGUGAUGGAAUCCAUAGUGGGAACUCUUAAAGAGGAAGAAGUAGGGUGCAAGCUGAUGUCAAAGGAUGAGCUCGCAACAGCGCAAGUGAUGGCACAUGAAAUAGGAAUCCUGAAUCCUGAUUUACGUGAUAUGGCAAUUGAAAACAAGGAUCUUCAUGAACUUGCUGCUACUGCAGAAGGAAUGAAUAAGAUUGCUGUGAUAGGAAGCUGCAAACUCGAGGACAAAAUUCGUAUUUUACAGCGUUUGAAACAGGAUGGUCAUGUAGUGGCUUUCAUUGGGGGAAUGGCAACAAACGAUGAUCUAGCCUUGAAGGCAGCUGAUGUAGGGAUCACAAUCUGUGAGUGUAGCACUAAAAUGGCCAGAGAGAACUCUGAAAUUGUAAUUUCGUCUAGGAAUUCGCUGAGGUCACUAAUUCGCUGCUUAAAGAUGGGCAAAUGUGCUUAUGGUAAUGUUCAGACUUUCAGCCAAAUCCAACUGACUGCUAUCCUUGCCAGCUUGCUUGUAACCCUUGUCACAACAUCUAUAUUAGAUGAAUCCCCUAUAACAGGAAUCCAUAUGUUGUGGGUGAAUUCCAUUAUUUGUAUCUUAGGUGGCCUAAUGAUGGUGAUGGAGUCAUAUGGCCACCACAAUCAGACGGUGAGACGGAUGAAGUCACUGCUAACCAAGACCAUGUGGAGAAACGUUGCAAUCCGAGCUGCAUCAGAUGCAUGUCAUUUGUUGCUCUUACAGUUUAUUGGUCAAGCUAUACUCCAAAUCAACAAAGAUGUUGUUAAAACCAUGGUGUUCAAUGGUUUCAUACUAUGCCAAGUCUUGGAUCUAUUCAUCAGUACCAUAAUUAUUUUUGCAAGGAAUGAAGAAGUAUCAGUAUCAGUAGUGAGAUUCAUGUGCAGUAGCCAUUGGUUUCUUAUGGCUUCGGGAGGUGUUAUGGCUAUGCAGGUUGUAGUGGUCGAGUUGUUGCAAAGUUUAGCAGAGUACGAGAGGCUAAAUGUGAUGCAAUGGGGCUUCUGCUUCAUUUACGCUGCUUGGAUGUGCGGGACCGGUCUCACCGUAAAACUCAUUGCAGAUUCAGCUUCGGAAGUGUUAUGGAGCUCGAGAUCAUCUGGUUCUCAGUUUGGGUAUCUGAGCCUAAGAAGGUCUAGCUUAAGGUUGUUUGUCAUUCCAUUUUCAGUGUGUGCUGUUGCUUCUUUUUCAUAUUAUUAUGUCAACCCUGACAUUGCCUGAAGAGCCUAUUACCUUUGUUUAAUUUUUUCGUUUUUAGGAAUUGUUUGUGUUAGCAUUAACACGUAGCGUCAGUGAUCAGUUAAACUGUUAAUUUAAAUUAAUCUUAAUAUCAAUGUCAAUUAAAUUAAGAUUUAAUUAUGUUAAA